AUGGAGGUUGCAAUGGUGAGUGCGGAGAGCUCAGGGUGCAACAGUCACAUGCCUUAUGGUUAUGCAGCCCAGGCCCGGGCCCGGGAGCGGGAGAGGCUUGCUCACUCGAGGGCAGCUGCGGCCGCCGCCGUGGCAGCUGCCACAGCGGCCGUGGAAGGCAGCGCGGGGUCCGGAGGGGGCUCCCACCACCACCACCAGGCGCGUGGGGCCUGCACCUCCCAUGACCCUCAGGGUGGCCGGGGGAGUCGGAGGAGGAGGCGCCAGCCGCCUGAGAAGAAGAAAGCCCACCACCGUCAGAGCAGCUUUCCUCAUUGCUCCGACCUGAUGCCCAGUGGCUCUGAGGAGAAGAUCCUGAGGGAGCUGAGUGAGGAGGAGGAGGAGGAGGAGGAGGAGGACGACGACGACGACGAGGAGGGCAGGUUUUACUAUAGUGAAGAUGACCACGGUGAUGAAUGUUCCUACACGGACCUGCUGCCUCAGGAUGAUGGGGGCGGCGGUGGCUACAGCUCCGUCCGCUACAGCGACUGCUGUGAACGUGUGGUGAUAAAUGUGUCCGGCCUGCGCUUUGAGACCCAGAUGAAGACUCUGGCGCAGUUUCCAGAGACUUUGUUGGGAGACCCCGAGAAGAGGACUCAGUACUUUGACCCUUUGCGUAAUGAGUAUUUUUUUGACAGGAACAGGCCUAGCUUUGAUGCCAUCUUAUAUUAUUACCAAUCAGGAGGCCGCCUCAAGAGGCCAGUCAAUGUCCCCUUUGAUAUCUUCACCGAGGAGGUGAAGUUCUAUCAAUUGGGAGAGGAGGCCCUGCUCAAGUUUCGGGAGGACGAGGGCUUUGUGAGAGAGGAGGAGGACAGGGCCUUGCCAGAGAAUGAAUUUAAAAAGCAGAUUUGGCUUCUCUUUGAGUAUCCGGAGAGCUCCAGUCCAGCAAGGGGCAUAGCCAUCGUUUCCGUCCUGGUCAUCUUAAUCUCCAUUGUCAUUUUCUGCCUGGAAACUUUACCUGAGUUUAGGGACGACAGGGAUCUCAUCAUGGCACUGAGCGCAGGCGCACACACUGGGUUGUUGAAUGACACUUCAGCUCCCCACCUAGAGAACUCAGGGCACACCAUAUUCAACGACCCUUUCUUCAUCGUGGAGACAGUCUGUAUUGUUUGGUUUUCCUUUGAGUUUGUGGUUCGCUGCUUUGCUUGUCCCAGCCAAGCACUCUUCUUCAAAAACAUCAUGAACAUCAUUGACAUUGUCUCCAUUUUGCCUUACUUCAUCACACUGGGCACUGAUCUGGCCCAGCAACAGGGGGGUGGCAAUGGACAGCAGCAGCAGGCCAUGUCCUUUGCCAUCCUCAGGAUCAUCCGUCUGGUCCGGGUAUUCCGGAUCUUCAAACUCUCCAGGCACUCCAAGGGCCUGCAGAUCCUGGGCCACACCCUCAGAGCCAGCAUGCGGGAACUGGGCCUUCUGAUCUUCUUCCUCUUCAUUGGGGUCAUCCUGUUUUCCAGCGCCGUCUAUUUCGCGGAGGCAGAUGAACCUACUACCCAUUUCCAAAGCAUCCCAGAUGCGUUUUGGUGGGCUGUGGUGACCAUGACAACUGUGGGCUAUGGGGACAUGAAGCCCAUCACUGUGGGGGGCAAGAUCGUGGGGUCCUUGUGUGCCAUUGCAGGUGUGUUAACCAUUGCUUUGCCAGUGCCAGUGAUUGUCUCUAACUUUAACUAUUUCUACCACAGAGAGACUGAAAAUGAGGAACAGACCCAGCUGACACAGAAUGCAGUCAGUUGCCCAUACCUCCCUUCUAAUUUGCUGAAGAAAUUUCGGAGCUCUACUUCUUCUUCCCUGGGGGACAAGUCAGAGUAUCUAGAGAUGGAAGAAGGAGUUAAGGAAUCUCUCUGUGCAAAGGAGGACAAGUGUCAGGGAAAGGGGGAUGACAGUGAGACAGAUAAAAACAACUGUUCUAAUGCGAAGGCUGUGGAGACCGAUGUGUGA